UGGUUUUGAGGAGAUUUUAAGAUCUGAAUCACGCAAACAAGUAAUACAAGCAUUAGCCAACUUAUACACUAUUGCACCAAUGCUAACAAAAAUUGUUAUAUAUGAUUCAGGUUGUUUAUUAGCAAAAUCUGUUAGAGGUACUUUUGCCGAUGGUUCGAUAUCAAAUGAACAUAAUAAUAGUCCUGGAGUUAAAGCUUUAACAGAAGUGCGGUUUUUUGUGGAUCGUUUUCAUUUAUCAAAUCAUAAAGAUGUAAGCAAUUAUUAA